CUAGUCGGCACAAUCCUCACAAUCGCCUCCCCCACAAUCGCCCAAAUAGUAGGCCAAUCCGCCGCCGAGCUGAUAAUGAUAGACAUGGAGCACGCGCCCCAACCAAUCGACACGGUAACCUCCAUGGUCCACACCUUCAACGCCUCCUCGCGAGGCCGCGGCCUCCCUCUAAUCCGCGUCCCCUCCCACGGCGUCGAGUGGAUCAAAUGGGCUCUUGACUCAGGUGCUUCGGGCAUCAUCGUGCCGAUGGUGAAUGAUGUCGCGGAAGCGAGGGCGGUUCUCGAUCGCGCUGUCUAUCCGCCUGGUGGGAGGCGGAGUUUCGGCCCUAUUUACGCUGCGUACGCGCAUCCGGCUGGGGUGGAGGAGUCGGGCGGGCAGGCGGGGUAUUUUGCUCGGGCGCAGCGCGGGGACGUAGCGAUUCUGCCGAUGAUCGAGUCGAAGGAGGGGCUGGCGAAUGCGGAGGCUAUUCUCGCUUUGCCGGGCGUGACGGGGGUGUUGGUUGGGCCGGCGGAUUUGCGGUUGUCGUUGGGGAUGACGGCUGCGAUUGAUGGGCCGGAGGCUGAGUUUCAGGCGGCUUUGGAGAGCAUUGUGGCUGCGGGACGUAAGGCGGGGAAGUUGGUUGGCACGGUUGCGUUGGGGGAGGAGGCGAUUGCGAGACGGGCGAAGCAGGGGUUUGAUUUUGUGCUGACGGGGUUCGAUAUGGGGGCUUUGGUGGUGGGGUUGAAUACCGAGUUGGCGGCGGCGAAGAAGAGUGUGGAGGCGGGGGUGGCGAGGGGUUGA